UUUAAUAGCCCCCAAAAGAGAAAAAGAAAAAGAAAGAGUCGGGGUUGGCGGUUUCGUUCGAAGGAAGAAAAAUGGUGUUAGGUGAGUUGCUCCAUCACUAGCUAUGAACACGUCUUCGUUAUUCCUCUCCCUUUGACUCUGCUCUUUUUUUAUACAUCCAAUUAGCUUCCAUAAACCCUACAUUUCUUUGACUCUUCUCAAUAUUUUACUUUAUUAGCCAACCCCUUUAUUUUUCUCACAAAAAAUUCCCACAAACUAUACAUUUUUCUCCAUUUAAUAGUAUUUUUUUUUUCUUUCAGACCCAUAAAAAACUAGACUGAGAUCUCUUUUUGGAAAAUUUUGAUACAAGAAAAUCAUCAAAUAGUAGAUUAUGGAAACAGGGACGAUCUCUCGACUUCUUCAACCCACUAAGGUUUCAAGUUCUGGUUUUGCCAAUUUCACUUCUAACUCCUCUAUAUGCUGCUCGCAGAAAAGGUUAAUGCCUGCUUGCCAUUCCUCACAUGGUGGGCGAGAAAUGAAUUCUGAUGAGCGAGAGAUUACAGUUUUAUCUUCUGAACCCACUCUUAAAAAAAGCAGUGUAGUUGGGGGAUUGUCUUUACAUCGCCCAGUGCACAAGAGAGAUGUAGUUGGCAAGACGUUCUGCUCUGUUGGAUUGUCUACGUAUCCGGGGAGCAUCAUUGAGUCUUCUUCACAGACAGUUGAAGAAAAGAUCGGAGUGCUACUUUUGAAUCUUGGAGGACCAGACACGCUUCAUGAUGUCCAGCCUUUUCUGUUCAACUUAUUUGCUGAUCCUGAUAUUAUACGUCUCCCCAGAUUGUUCCGAUUUCUCCAGCGCCCAUUGGCACAACUUAUAUCUGUUCUCCGAGCUCCGAAAAGUAAGGAAGGAUAUGCUGCAAUUGGAGGUGGUUCUCCUUUACGAAAAAUAACAGAUGAGCAGGCUAGUGCACUAAAAAUGGCACUGGAAACAAAGGAAGUCCUGGCUAAUGUCUAUGUUGCGAUGCGGUACUGGCACCCAUUCACCGAGGAAGCUGUUCACCAGAUAAAAAGAGAUGGGAUUACAAAGCUUGUUGUACUGCCUUUAUAUCCUCAAUACUCUAUCUCUACAACUGGUUCAAGUGUCCGUGCCCUUCAGAAUAUUUUCAAAGAAGACUCUUAUCUGUCCAGACUGCCAGUUGCUGUCAUUGAAUCCUGGUACCAACGACAAGGUUACAUCAAGUCCAUGGCAAACUUGAUUGAGCAGGAGUUGCAUACUUUCACUAAGCCUGAGGAGGUCAUGAUUUUCUUUAGUGCCCAUGGAGUGCCAGUUAGUUAUGUUGAAAAUGCUGGUGAUCCAUAUAGAGAUCAGAUGGAGGAGUGCAUUUUCUUGAUAAUGAAAGAGCUGAAAGCUAGAAGAAUCAACAAUGAUCAUACCUUGGCUUACCAGAGCCGAGUUGGUCCUGUACAAUGGUUGAAACCAUACACUGAUGAAGUUCUUGUGGAGCUUGGACAGAAAGGUGUAAAGUCUCUGUUGGCUGUUCCAGUAAGCUUUGUGAGCGAGCAUAUAGAGACUCUUGAAGAGAUUGAUAUGGAAUACAAGGAGUUAGCACUUGAAUCGGGAAUUGAAAAUUGGGGUCGUGUUCCUGCUCUGAAUUGCACCUCCUCUUUCAUAACUGAUCUGGCAGAUGCAGUUAUUGAAGCAUUGCCUUCGACAAUGGCAAUGUCAACGUCCACUGGUACAGAGGAAGAAGUUGAUAAUGAUCCCAUGCAAUAUUUUUUGAAAAUGCUUUUCGGAUCACUCUUAGCAUUUGUUUUUCUGUUUUCACCAAAGAUGGUAUCGGCUUUUAAGAAGAACAUACUUUAGGGAGGACAGAGAUCCUUUACAGAAAUAGUACAGAGAUCAAGAAGCAAUCUGUGAUGCCACCUGAAAGAUUUUUGAUUUUAUAAACAAUUUACAAGUGUUGUUUCUCUUAGUUAGGUAUCACUUUUAUUAGAGAGACUUGAUUCAACAGUUGUGAAGUGCCAGUAUUCUGUUUCUGGGGCAGCACCAGUGCAUAGAAAGAUAACAAAUCAGAGAUGCAACAAUCUUUGUGGCUUCAGUUUUAGACUCUAUACAAAUAUCAUCUAUUUUUGUAAA